UCUGAACCGUCAUCCAUUGCAUCGAGUCGGUAUUUUUAUGUGUUUAGUUUUAUUAAAACAAUAAAUUACAAUAAUCGUUAGCAUGUCGGCUAAUAAGGAGGACACAUUACGACAGUUUUGUGACGUGACCGGCGCCGAUGAAACUCGUAGUCGUUUCUUUUUGGAAUCGUCGAAUUGGCAGCUUGACGUAGCGUUAUCUAGUUUCUAUGAGCACGGGGGUAGUAUAGACGAGGCGCCUAUACCCACGGCCGCUCCGGCGUCGUUGCCGACGCUGUCGGACAGCGACAUGGAGUCCCCGCCGGCGUCGCCGGUGCGGCAGAAGAAGGAGAAGAAGAAGCCCACCGGUAACUUCGCCACGUUGGGCUCGCUCCAGCAGGAGAGCUCUAGUGAUGAAGAGGAAGGGCAAGCAUUUUACGCCGGCGGGUCAGAAAGGUCCGGACAGCAGAUCAUUGGCCCCGGAAAGAACAGGAAAGACAUAGUCACUGAGAUGUUCAAAAGCGUGAGAGAACGCGGGGCCGUGGUGUUUGAAGACGAGCCAGCGACCGCGAGCCGAGGCCGCGGCGGCGCCUUCAGCGGCACUGGCUACAGACUUGGACAGACCUCCGACGACCACGAGGCAGUGUCGGCGCCGGGUGCGCAGUCGCAAGGAGAAGACAUCCGCGCCGUCCGUCUGCGUCUGUAUAGAGAGGGCUUUACUGUGGACGAGGGCCCUGUUCGCUCUUACACUGACCCGGAGCAUGCCGAGUUCUUAGACAGCAUACGCCGAGGAGAGAUCCCAGCGAGUCUAGGCGGCGCGGGCGCGGUGCGCGUGUCGCUCGAAGACAGGCGGCAUGAGCCGGCGCCCGCAACUAAGGCCCAGGUGUUCGCCGGCAAGGGCCAGAUGCUCGGCAGCCCAACGCCCCCAGUGGUGGGCGCCCCCGCGGCAGCGGGCACGCCGGCGGCGGCGGCCGGCGACCGCGAGGCCAACACGCGCGCCGCGCAGGCCGCCGUGCAGCUGGACGACGCGCAGCCCGCCACCUCCAUACAGUUCCGACUAGCGGACGGCAGCCGCGUGGCAGGUCGCUUCAACAUGACGCACACCGUGGCCGACCUGCGACAAUUCGUGGCUCGCGCCGAACCCGCCUACCAGGCGAGACCGUUCCUGCUACUGACUUCCUACCCGUCUGCUGAACUGGCUGAUAGUACUGUCACGAUCCAACAGGCUAACCUUGCGAAUAGUACCCUGCUGCAGCGGCUCAAGUAAAAAAACUAAAGUAAUAUACCAAGUAAUACCGUUCCUGUCGCUAACUUCCUACCCUGUGGCAGUUUGUGACAAGUCCGUUCCUGCUACUGACUUCCUACCCUUCUGCUGAGCUGUCGGACAGUACUGCCACGAUCCAACAGGCUAACCUUGCGAAUAAGGACUCUAUUGCAGCGGCUCAAGUAACUCCUUAAACCCUUUUAUUUCUAGAAACAACUGCCGUGGUUCAGUCCGCCCCUUGUCAAGUCGCUCACAAACGUUUAAAAUUACAUACGCGGAAUACCAUAACCAUACGUUAGGACGCGAAUUGGAUGCAAGCGGUCUCUACCAAAUGUGUGAACCUUGGACCACUUGCAUCCAAUCGGCAAAACGCAAUUUCAGAUCUUAUUGAGCGCGUUGGCUGUUCCAAUACUUAAUAGUACCUAACUGUAUUGUAUACAAUGUAUUUUGGAAGCUGGUUUCGGUGUCAAUUAUAUGAUAUUAACUUUUUUAUCUCCUUUCUGGCAACUAAACGAAACAGAUAAAAUAAAUCUUUCUUUAGAUACCAGUUCCCUAGAUGUACCAUCAUACAGAACCCAAAAGGCAUUUUUACUAUAUCAUGAGCGUUUAUAUAAAAAUUAAAAAAUACAUUUUGCAAAGUACCUAUUUCAAAAAGUUAAGAAAAAUUUGUUUACAGUCAAUUGUUAUUAUAAGCUACAUAGUUUUUAUAAGUAGCAACUAGCAAAGAUAAAACACAGUGUCGAAGGCUUACUACUGCUGUAAUUUCUACAAAAAUCACUUACCCCUCUGUGGCUGUGUACUUUUUCUUUAUUUUACUUGAAUGAUUGAUUUUAGGGAUUUAUAAUUCUAUGAAAAUAUAACAACCUGUUUAGAAUUAAUGUUUUAGUCGAAUAGUUCAGAAUGCCUAUACCUACGUGAUUUAUUAGUGUUUAUUCCUAAUUAAAUAAUAACAUUUUUAAAUUAAUAACUAGAGGUGGCCAUAAAUGCAAACAGAUUUAGUAAAUAAAUGAAAUAAAUACAUAAAUGUUUAUCGUUUAGUCAACCAUUCAGAAGUCCCGUAAUAUCGAUAAUUAUCGGCUACCUGAUUUGAUCAGACACUAUUAUCCGAUUGGCGAAAAAAUAUCCCGUCUGGAUUAGCCUUUAGGUUUACAACAUAAUUAUUUGUGUAAUAUAUUGAAUAACAAUUAUAAGGGUUCCGAUUUUACAUUUUGAGGUACGGAACCCUAAAAAUCACGUGCAGAUGAAGUACGUAAUGUUUUUCCUUCGUAUUGUUACGCAAACACACGAACUUGUCAUCCUAUUUCAGUCAGUCAUUUGAACUAGCAUGACAAAUACGAACGUUUCCGUAAAAAUAAACUUAAAAAAAAAGCCGCCUUCAAAAAAUAAGCGCGUUAGAAAACACGGAGAAACUAAAAGCAAAAACUAAUAUGAUGUUUAGAUUUCCCUACUUUUUACCUAAACCUAAAUAUCUAAACAUCCAAAUUAUAAACUAUUCAAUUAUUUUUGUUGUCGGUACCAGCCCUGUUCCUCGCCUUGCUUAUUGCCUGUUUGCCCAACCCAACCUUACGCAAGCUGGCCCCGACUCCAAAAAUAAUUGAUUAUGUGCCUAAUAACAUUUGAAGAGUUCCCUAGAUUUCUCCAAUAUCCCAUCAUCAGACCACGACUUGGUGCCAACGGGACCAUAUCGGGGUUAUAUCCAUAUGAUUAAAAAAAAUAUUUGAAAAUCGGUUCACACACAAUUCUUGGAAAUAUCGAGUAACAUACAUACAAAAAAAAAAUCUGUCGAAUUGAGAACCUCCUCCUUUUUUGAAGUCUGUUAAAAAAAAGAAGGAAAAACAUUUCGCAUUACAUCUGUAUAAACAUUUAAUACAUAUCUGUUUACAUCAUUGGCGACUUCUACCGACCUAAAGGAAUCACAUGGGAAUCACGUUAAACAGUGUCAGGUCCGCCAUCUUGAAAGCACUUGAUUCUCAAAAUGGCCGCCACUGUUUUCCUAAACACCAAAAAGUGUAACGAAAGGAUAUUUUUAUAUAGCGUGUAGUAUAAAAGUGAUUGCUUGAAUGACGUGCAACGUAUGAAAUGUCCUAAUUGAAGCGCCUAUGUAAAGAUUUUAAAUAAAAUCUGUGUAUGAAUA